UCUUACUGCCGCUCCCUGAUUCAUCUGUAUGCUCCUGAUGGAGAGAAGUACAAACCCACUAUCACCCCGACAUCUGGGUUUUCGCCGACCGCCGACGCUGAGCACCUGAAGCGCGCAAUGCGAGGACUCGGCACAAACGAACAUGAAAUCAUCGAUGUACUUGGAAAUCGUACUUCAGCUGAAAGGGUGGCCAUUCGCGACGUCUAUCCUUCAAUUUCCAGCAAGAUCAGUAGAAGUUGCCUUUCGGAAAGCAAGAUGAUUUACGGCACAAGAUAUCCAUUCACUUCAAUUUUAUUACAGACCCUGCAUGAGGCUUUAACCAGUGAGCUGAGUGGGAAUUUCCGAAAAUUUGCUUUAUUGCUAAUCCAAUCACCGUGGCAAGUGAUGGCAGGAGCUCUCUAUAAGGCCAUGAGGGGAGUUGGAACUAAGGAGCGCGUACUCAAUGAAAUUAUUGCUGGAUGUUCAAAGGAGGACAUUCCCAAGUUGAAAAAGGCCUUCGAAGAAGUGAGCGAAGGGGAAAGUCUUGAGGACGCGAUCAAGGGGGACACGAGCGGCAGCUACCGAGAAGCACUUCUGUUGGCCCUCACUGGUCAGGCUGACGAGCCCCAGGCGAUGCAACUCAAAAGCCUGACACCCUCCACACUCAGUCAGGUGGUGAAUCUCGGCCUUGCUGAAGCGGAUGCAAAGGAACUGCACGCUUGUGGUGAGGGGCGCCCAGGCACAGCGGAAAGUCGUUUCAUGCGCCCUAUCAUUAAUCGCUCAUUCCUUCAAAUCAAUGCGACCAAUGAGGCCUAUAUUCGGGCCUAUGGUCACCCAUUAAUUGAGGCAAUAAAGAGGGAGACAUCGGGAGACCUGGAAGACUUUCUUGUGACUAGAGUCCGGUACGCCAUUGAUCGCGCUGCUCUUUUCGCUGAACUCCUCCACUUUGCCAUGAGAGGAGCUGGUACCAAAGACUGCACCUUGCAACGCGUUCUUGCCCUCAGAGCAGACACGGAUUUGAAAAGUAUCAAGGAGAAGUACGAAGAGAUCUAUGGCGAAACCCUCGAGGAGGCAAUCAAGGGUGAUACUUCCGGUGAUUAUGAGGAACUCUGCUUGAAAAUAAUCGGCUCCACGUAG